AGGAUUAUUCAUUUCCAUCUCAGACAGAGGCCACAUAAGGUCAAUUGUGAACAACUGGCCAGAGAAUGAUGUGAAGGCUGUUGUUGUCACUGAUGGAGAAAGAAUACUGGGUCUUGGAGACCUAGGUGUGUAUGGGAUGGGAAUUCCAGUAGGAAAACUGUGUCUGUACACAGCCUGUGCAGGAAUACACCCAGACAAAUGCUUACCCGUGUGCAUCGACGUUGGGACUGAUAACACAACACUCCUGAAGGAUCCAUUUUACAUGGGGCUGUACCAGAAGAGGGAUCGCUCGCAGGUCUACGACGACCUGAUCGAUGAGUUCAUGGAGGCCAUUACAGACAGGUAUGGCCAGAACACACUUAUCCAGUUUGAAGACUUUGGGAACCACAAUGCUUUCCGUUUCCUGAGGAAGUACAGAGAGAAGUAUUGCACCUUCAACGACGACAUUCAAGGGACAGCCUCAGUGGCCUUGGCAGGACUGCUGGCAGCACAGAGAGCCACUGGCAAACCCCUGGUGGAGCAGAAAGUGCUGUUCCUCGGAGCAGGAGAGGCCGCGCUGGGAAUUGCAAACCUGAUUGUCAUGGCUAUGAUGGAGAAUGGAGUUUCUGCUGAGGAGGCCUAUGGGAGGAUAUGGAUGUUUGACAAACACGGUUUGCUGGUCCAGGGCAGAGAACAGAAAGUGGACUCCAAUCAGGAACCCUUUGCACAUCAGGCUCCAGAGAAGAUACCAAAGUCAUUUGAAGAGGCAGUGAAUGUUCUUCGUCCUUCAGCUAUCAUUGGAGUGGCAGGAGCUGGGAGGCUCUUCUCUCAGGGAGUGAUCAAAGCCAUGGCUUCCAUCAACGAGAGACCCAUCAUCUUUGCCCUGAGUAACCCCACGGUGAAGGCUGAGUGCACAGCAGAGGAGGCUUACACCUUCACAGAG